GCUCCUUCAACAACAACAGCUAGUCAGACACCCCCGUAGCUUUCUAGCAAACAUAGCUACAACAUUCACGCUUUUUACACUGUUUUGGUGUAUAUUAGUCGCUGUGUAUUAAACACACUUCUGUUGUAUGUACUUGUUGGCCCAUUUAAUUAUAUAUUUACGUUGUUUGUCAGCUAGCUGGUUUGCUAAGUUAGCUUAGAACUAGGCUAUUCGCUAAUGCUAGCUAGCUAACAUCUCCGACCAUGAGUUCACUAAGCUACUCUCCUCCUGCUAAAGAAGAGGAUGUCUGCUGGACGGAGAAAGAAACUCUCGUGAAAGAGGAGGAGGAAGAGGAGGAUGUUACAAUACAAAAACAGGUAGAGGGUGAGGCUGUUACAGUGAAAGAAGAAGAGAAAGAAGUUACAGUGAAAGAAGAGGAAGACGCGUUCAGAGUGAAAGAGGAGGAGGAUGUUACAGUAAAAGAAGAGGAAGAGAAAGAGGAGGAUGCAGUUUUUGGAGUGAAAGAGGAGGAGGGGGAGAUGACUGUCACAUUGGAGGAAGAAGAGGAGGUUGGAGAUCUGUUUAACACCAGAGAGAGACAUGACUACCGUGGAUCCUCUGGGGAGUCUCUACAACAUUAUGAAGCUGACGAGGCAGAGAAGAGUCUCUCCACAUCAGAGCACCUCAAGAAACACCAGCGGAGACCCACAGGGAAGAAAUCUCACCGCUGCUCUGACUGUGGGAAGAGUUACUUAAGAUCAAAUUCACUAAAAGUACACAUGAGAAUUCACACUGGAGAGAAACCUUAUAGCUGUGAUCAAUGUGGGAAGAGUUUUACUCGCUCAAACGGCCUGAUAGUACAUCUGAGAGCACACACAGGAGAGAAGCCUUAUAGCUGUAUUCAAUGUGGGAAGAGUUUUACUAGCUCAAGCUGCCUGAUAGUACAUCUGAGAGCACACACAGGAGAUAAACAUUAUAGCUGUAAUCAAUGUGAGAAGAGUUUUACUCGGUCAAGCAGCCUGGUAUCACACCAGAGAAAACACACAGGAGAGAAAUCUUAUAGCUGUAAUCAAUGUUGGAUGAGUUUUACUCAGUCAAGCAACCUGGUAUCACACCAGAGAACACACACAGGAGAGAAACCUUAUAGCUGUGAUCAAUGUGGGAAGAGUUUUACUCAGUCAAGCAGCCUGGUAUCACACCAGAGAACACACACAGGAGAGAAACCUUAUAGCUGUGAUCAAUGUGGGAAGAGUUUUACUACAUCUAGCCAUCUGACUGUACACCAGAGAACACACACAGGAGAGAAGCCUUAUAGCUGUACUCAAUGUGGGAAGAGUUUUGUUACAUCUAGCCAUUUGAUUUUACACCAGAGAACACACACAGGAGAGAAACCUUAUAGCUGUAAGCAAUGUGGGAAGAGUUGUACUCGGUCAAGCAACCUGGUAUCACACCAGAGAACACACAGGAUUGAAACCUUGUAGCUGUGAUCAAUGUGGGAAGAGUUUUACUACAUCUAGCCAUCUGAUUGUGCACCAGAGAACACACACAGGAGAGAAUCCUUGCUGUGAUCAAUGUGGGAAGAGAUUCUAUGAUAAAAGAUCAAUAAAUAAACAUCAGAAAAUACAUGGAGUUGUUUCAUUAUAUCAAUGAAAUAAUUUCACAAUGUAGAAUGUUUAAAAAUUGUAGUACGAGUAUUUUAGUGAUGUCACAAUGUACAACCAUAAACAUUGUCAUUAUGGGUUAUUGUUUGUAGAUUGAUUUGGAAAACAAUAUUAUUUAAUCCAUUUUAGAAUAAGGCGGUAACGUAGCAACAUGUGUAAAAAGUCAAGGGGUCUGAAUACUUUCUAAAUGCUCUGAAUAUGCUAUUGGUUUACUGUUAGAAUAAGUUGUAUGACUACACCAAUAUUGUUAAAGCAACGAUGCAUAGACCUAGAAAAUGCAUGCCAACCUUGCUGCUAGAAAUCUAGCUACUGGGUGUGCAGAUUUCUGUUCCAGCCAUGCACUAACACCUGACAUUGUGCUGAUUUCUGUUCCAGCCAUGCACUAACACCUGACAUUGUGCUGAUUAUUUGGAUUAGACACUAUUCAACUAUUCAAUCAUGUCUUGUUUUGGAGUCAGAGGGAUGUCUACAUCCACUGCCCAUUUCCACAGGUGUUCUUUAUGAUAUGAAAUAAAGGGCUGAUUCACAGAA